CUGCCAUGACUGUAGUGAUUGGAUUUGAGGGCAGUGCCAACAAGAUUGGUGUGGGCAUUGUGAGGGAUGGGGAAGUACUCUCAAACCCCAGACGCACCUAUAUCACACCCCCUGGUCAAGGCAAGUUGGUUGAAUUCAAAUUAAACUCAAAUGACAACUGACAUCUUAUGUUUAUCCUAAUGUGUGUAGUUGCAGUAACUGACUGACUUUCCAUCCCAGGGUUCCUGCCUAGUGAGACAGCCAGACAUCACCGCAGUGUCAUCCUAACAGUUCUGAAGGAGGCGCUGGAGGAGGCAGGGCUGAAGCCUGCUGACAUUGAUUGCGUGGCAUACACAAAGGGUCAGGAACUCCAAUGUCACUGAUUCCUAUAAAGCUGAAAUGGCCUUUCCUGACCUGCAGUACCAUUCAGUUUUCACCAACAUUAUAUUAUUUACCAUAGGACCAGGGAUGGGUGCCCCCUUGGUGACGGUGGCUCUGGUGGCGCGCACAGUCGCCCAGCUGUGGGGGAAGCCUCUCCUGGGUGUCAACCACUGUAUUGGCCACAUUGAGAUGGGCCGCCUCAUCACUCAAGCCAAUAACCCCACUGUGCUCUAUGUCAGUGGGGGUAACACACAGGUCAGUCACCCAUACAUACUUACUAGGACAGACUUGGAAUGUCCCGCACAACUUGAGAGUUCUUAGGGUUUCCCCUUAGUUAGCACUCUCACCCCUCUCAGCUGAGGUUUCUGGGUUUAGUUGUGCUCUAAUGCAAUGUUUCCUCAUGAAGGUGAUUGCAUACUCUGAGCGGCGCUACAGGAUAUUUGGUGAGACCAUCGACAUUGCAGUGGGCAACUGCCUGGACAGGUUUGCCAGGGUGAUAAAGGUGAGUUAUGCAUGGGUCUACAGGGGACUAAACUGAAACUAACCUGAUUAAGUAAUGCUCCUAUAAAGGCCACAUGCCGAAACAUGUAGUCCAUUUCCAUUGUCUUAUAAGAGUUGCUGAAUAUCAUUUUCAAUUUGCUGAAUAUAAUUUUCAAUUUGCUCCUCUGUUCAUGCAUCUUGAUUUAAAAGUGAGAUAGCAACAUCAUUUUUUCUCCUCUUUAAGAUUUAUUGUGGACUCUGACUAUACCUUGUAUAAAUUGUCUUACCAUUCUCAUGAAUCAAAAUUGUUUGUGCUCAGAUUUCCAAUGAUCCCAGCCCUGGGUAUAACAUUGAGCAGAUGGCCAAAAAGUGAGUAAAUGUGUUUUUUUGGAAUUGCUGUCAACCAGUAGAUGUUUUCAAAUGUAUAUAUUUACACCAUUGAUUUCCUGUUUGUUUUGUCAGGGGUACACAGUAUGUGGAGCUUCCAUACACAGUGAAGGGGAUGGACGUGUCAUUCUCUGGGAUUUUAUCCUAUAUCGAGGUAAAAUGCUGCGCCACUAAGUGGGAAUAAAGUUCUGCAUUGCGUUGGGUUGGGUUGUAUUGUAUUGGGUUGCAUUGCAUUGCAUUGGGUUGUAUUGUAUUGGGUUGCAUUGUACUGGGUUGCAUUGCAUUGGGUUGGAUUGGGUUGUAUUGUAUUGGGUUGGGUUGUAUUGCAUUGCAUUGGGGUGUAUUGGGUUGGGUUGUAUUGUAUUGGGUUGCAUUGCGUUGCAUUGUACUGGGUUGCAUUGCAUUGGGUUGCAUUGUAUUGGGUUGGGUUGUAUUGUAUUGGGUUGCGUUGCAUUGUAGGGGAGAGACAGGGUUUUUGUGAUAGUUAGAUGGAUUGUGGUUCUAAUAAGGGAUGCAUGUAUGAUGUGUUAAUAUGUGUCCAUUUUCUUUCAGGAAGCAGCUGGGAAGAUGUUGAAAUAUAAUCAGUGUACAGCAGAAGACCUGUGCUUCUCCCUACAGGUCAGAACAAAAGCAAUAAACUGCUCCAGUGCAUUGUUGUCAGCCUGUUUCCUGCAUUGGCACGGCAACACCCUUCCCCUUCAUAAUUAUGCCGGCUACAUGGUGGCAUCACUCACUGUCUGAGAGGUGGCAGAGCACACCACUGUGUAAUGAUCCGUUCACUACUUGUGUGUCCUGUAGGAGACCCUGUUUUCCAUGCUGGUGGAGAUCACAGAGAGGGCCAUGGCUCACUGCAGCUCCCAGGAAGUGCUCAUCGUUGGAGGCGUUGGCUGUAAGUCAACUGUACUCCAUUGUGGGGGUUGUGGGCUUUCCAAUGUAAUUCAUUAAAACACAUAAUGAUAACAAUAAUAAGAUGUAAUAUCAUGUAAAUCUGUCUUACCACUCAUUAUGGACAGACACAACUCAAACACAACCGUUCAGGAAUGCUGAUGAUGGUUUUGCUCUGUAGGUAAUCUGCGUCUGCAGGAGAUGAUGGAGGUCAUGUGCAAGGAGAGAGGUGCGAAGCUCUUUGCUACUGAUGAGAGGUAAGGGUCUACAUACGACAAUUUCAAUACAAGGGAUCUGAUAAGUGUACCUCAGGCAAUCAAUGCUUACUUUAUUAUUUAUGAACUAAUAAAAGGAAAAUGGCUUAUGUUGAUGGUCAUUUAAUAAUGUACUUUAACUUUGUACAUCCUUCUGUUAUUAAAAUGUGAUAUUCUAUUUGGUUGUGUCACAGCUUUUGUAUCGAUAAUGGAGCAAUGAUUGCACAGGCUGGCUGGGAGAUGUUCCGGUCCGGUCAGACGACUGAGCUGUCAGACUCAUGGAUCACUCAAAGGUAAUUCCACUAUACGUGCAACUCAAAUGAUUCUCUUUCAGUAUAUUCUAUUAUACAGUACAGUGAUUCCCUUUCAUUAUAUUAUACAGUACAGUGAUUCCCUUUCAUUAUAUUCUAUUGUACAUUACAGUGAUUCCCUUUCAUUAUAUUAUACAGUACAGUGAUUCCCUUUCAUUAUAUUAUACAGUACAGUGAUUCCCUUUCAUUAUAUUAUAUUAUAUUGUACAGUGAUUCCCUUUCAUUAUAUUCUAUUGUACAGUACAGUGAUUCCCUUUCAUUAUAUUAUAUUGUACAGUGAUUCCCUUUCAUUAUAUUCUAUUGUACAGUACAGUGAUUCCCUUUCAUUAUAUUAUAUUGUACAGUGAUUCCCUUUACAUACAAAUGUUAACUAAAAUGUUACAGGAAGUUCUUGUCUAUUUUACUAAAGUGUAUUGAGAUGUUAACUGGAUAUGUUUGACAACAGGUCUCCCUCUCUGUACCAUAUUGUGCUGUCAUCCAGUGACAAGAGAAACGUUAUGUUGUUGGCAGGUACAGAACAGAUGAAGUGGAGGUGACCUGGAGAGAUUGACAGCUCAUUACCCAACAGGCUGCAACUUGCACCCACCCUCCCUUUACCUGGAUUGUAUGCAUUGUGUCAUGAUGGAGGGAAAAAAUGUAGAAAUAUGCUAUGCCUCACUUCUAUUGUUGAGAACCCCUCAACACAACAGUUUCUAGCCACACGCAUUAUGAUUUUAGGCCUAGAUUAAAUCUGGACCGCAGAAGAUCUGCGCUAUAGCGCGAUUUAAAUGGAAAGGCAAUAUUCCCGUGUUUGCAGAGACUGCAUUCAGGGUAAACGCUGCAUAUGUCGGCUGUGGGAAAUUACAUUUACAUUUCAGCUCUUCUGCGGUCCGGAUUGAAUCUAGCCCUAAAUUGCAUUUGGUAAAAACACCUUUGUAUUUCGAUUUGUUUUGGCUUUCACUAGCGCUGGAUUCAAUCCGCAUUAAAAUAAUAGUCAUUUAGGAUUAUAGCAUUUACCGCGAACGCGGGAACUAUGCCUUUAAAUUUCAAUCGAUCUAUAAUGCGGAUCUUCCUCGAUA